AUGGGCACGGACACGCCGCUGCUUGAGCGCCAGCAGAGGGGACACACCCCGCUCGGGCACGUCGUCCUGCUGCUCGUGAUUGUCCAAAUCACCUUUGCGGGCAACUCCGUCGUGGCCAAGGCGGCCUUGGACAAGAGCGUCGAUCCCAUUGUCUUCUCGUUCCUACGCGACGUUGGCGCGACGGUGAUCCUUCUCUGCGCCGCUCGGCUCGGCGGGCCUCGCUUCGCUGUCCCUCGCCGCGCCCAUUUCUGCUAUUUUGCACUCCUCGGCCUUCUCGGUGUGACUAUUGGGCAGAUGUUUCUCGUGAUCGCCCUCAAGUACACCACGCCGCUGAACGCGAUGGUGCUGCAGCCGUCGCAGCCAGUGCUCACAGCGCUCAUCGGCGCGCUCACUGGUUUGGAGCCUCUGCACGUGAGCCAAUGGCACGGCCAGCUCUCGAUCCUGGGUAUCGUCCUCGCGGCCGUCGGCGCCGCGCUUGCGCUGGCGUACGGCUCCGCAGCGCCGGGAGAGAACAGGGUUGGCCACCCGCCGCAGCAGCACAGCCUGCUCAUUGGGAACUGCCUACUCGGCACGCAGUGCCUCGCCGGCGCGCUCUACCAGCUGCUGCAGAAGCGCGUGCUCAGCCUCGACGGCGGCCGCUACCCUUCGCUGGCCGUCGCCUCUUGGGGCUAUGCGGCUGGCGCGGCAUUCACUGGUCCGGUGCUGCCGUUUGCGCGGCUGUCACGGGCGUCGUUUGCCCUCCCGCGCCUCGGCUGGCUCGCCCUCGCGUAUGCCGCGUACGCGAACAAGCGCGCGGGCCCGACGCUCGUCACCGCCUUCUUCCCUCUGCAGUCGACCUUCACCGCCGUCUUCGCCUUCGUCUUCCUCCACCAGCCGCCCACCGCCGCCGACCUCGCCGGCGGAGGCGUCAUCCUCGCGGGUCUCGCCGCCGUGACCGCCGCGCGCGCGGCGCGAGAGCGACGCACGGCCGCCGAGCCCGUCGCGCUCACAGCCGGAGGCGACCAAACGCCGCCGGGCGAAGCCGCCGCGAGUCGACCCCUGGCCACCCCAGGCGGCUGUGCGGCGGCGGCGGCGCUGCCGCCGGCGUGCUGUCUCGCGCCCAGCUGUGCGCCCGAGGCGCUCCGGGCCGCCAUCCAGUCCGAGGGCGCCGUGGCCAUACGCGGCUUCCUCUCGCCGAGUGCGACAGCAGAGGCGCGAGCGGAGGCUGAGCGGGUGGUGGCUGCGAUCCCCCGCCUCGUCGCGUCGGGCGCGGUGCCGCGCGAGCACGCCAGCCCCAUUGCAACCCCCACCAUUGGAGCCCCUGGCACCGCCUCCACGGCGGUGACGGCGUGGCUUGCGCUCGACCCCGCGGACGAGGACAACGGCUGCCUGCGCUACGUGCGCGGCUCGGCCGCCGGCGGCGUGCGAGCGCACCACUAUAGCGGCGUGAUCGGCUUCUCGCAGACGCUGGACGCUGCCGCGGACGCCGCCGACGCCCAGAACGAGUUUGCGCUGCCCGCGGCGCCGGGCGACCUGCUGCUCCACACGGCGACGAUGGUGCACCGCGCCGACGCGAAUCUCUCUGAGCAGCGGCCGCGACGCGCCAUCGGCGCCAUCUUCUACGGCGCGUCCGCGCGCAUCGACGCGGCGUAUGCCGCCAAGCAGGCGGACAUCCACAGGCGCGCGCGCACUUUGCCUGGGCAGCAGGGCAGCGUUGCUCUUGCUGCCGACCCGUGA